GCGAAACGUUUUGGCGCAAGUUUGGCUUCAGUUUCGGACCGGAGAGGACAGAAGAGACGAGGAGCCGCUGCUUUCUGAGCUCAGAAGACUUUAAAAAACUUUUUACCAACGAACCUCCUUCUUCAACGCGCUGCAUUAAAGCGAUCGGACUCAGAAUGCCCAGAACACGCUCUCAGGGCCAAGCUCAGUCCACGCUGCCGUUUCCUCGACGCAAAUCCUGCAGAGCGUCGUCCCGUUCCAAGACAGAACCCCAGAAAUCGGUGGCCGAGCCUCAGCCCGUCUCUCCCAUCCGGAUCGGACCGCUCAGCCCCAGACGUCCGGCCGACCUGCCCACCCUGCUGUCACCCAGGCGGCUCGCUGACACACCCACCCCUCUGUCCCCAAAGCAGCCAGUCGCCCUCCCAACCCCUCUGUCGCCCAGACAACCUGCAGCCCAGCCUCCUUCCUCUCCUGGUGUCCAAACCCGACUUCCUCUCAGCCCUCGGAAACGCAAAGGUGAUGACAACGGCUGCAACCUUUCUGUGUUCAGUUCACCACCGAAGCAGAACAAGCAGACCCUCGCUUCACCCCGAAAGCUGGGUUUCGAUGAGAACUCUCCAGUCGCGGCUCACCAGCAGCUGGUCCUGAACUCACCCCAGCAGUCUCCUGCAGCCAGAUCGUCCCCGAGGAGACAGGAGACGCCUGCUGGGAGUCCUGUCCACAAAAACUCAGAGAAGAAGCCACCGGUAGCUCGACUGUUUGCAGAAAAGUCGAGGUUUCAGGACGUGAAGCAGGCGCUCCACACCGCCGUCCCCGAGCGUCUCCUGUCCAGGCAGGCAGAGCGGGCGUCCAUCAGGUCCUUUCUGGAGGAGAAGGUGCUGCAGCGGCACCCCGGCAGCCUCUACAUCUCUGGAGCCCCGGGAACCGGCAAGACGGCCUGCUUCAACUGUGUGCUGCAGGAGAUGAAGGCUGAGCUGUCGUCCGUUCAGACCGUGCUGGUGAACUGUAUGAGUCUACGCAGCUCUCACGCCAUCUUCCCGCUGCUGGCCGACAGGCUGAAGGCGUCCGGCGGACAGAAGGGGCUGCAGAGGCUCCUGACGGCCCCGGGGCCCACUGUGCUUCUUGUUCUGGAUGAGAUGGAUCAGCUGGACAGCAAAGCUCAGGACGUCCUCUACACCAUCUUUGAAUGGCCGUUCCUGCCCGAGUCUCGCCUCUGUCUCAUCGGCAUCGCCAACGCUCUGGACCUGACCGAUCGCAUCCUGCCCAGACUGCAGGCUCGUCCUCACUGCCGCCCUCAGCUGCUGCACUUCCCUCCCUACAGCCGCCAGGAGCUCGCCGCCAUCGUUCAGGACCGACUCACGCAGGCGUCGGCUGAAGGGAUCCUGGACGCCUCGGCUGUUCAGUUCUGUGCCAGGAAAGUGUCGGCCGUCUCUGGAGACGCCAGGAAAGCUCUGGACAUCUGCAGGAGAGCCGUUGAGAUCGUGGAGUCUGGUGAGAGAAAGAAAGCAGCUGGUCCAGAAGCUGAAGCUAAAGCCUCUCGGGUCAGCCUCCCGCAGGUUGCUCGGGUGUUGUCGGAGGUUUACGGCGACCGCAUGGCGUCUCAGAGCGGCUCAGACGGAGAGAGUUUCCCCCUGCAGCAGAAGCUGCUGGUCUGCUGCCUCCUGCUGCUCGUUCGCAACGGAAAGAGCAAAGAGAUCGUCCUGGGAAAGCUCCAUGAGGUGUACAGUCGGCUGUGCGCUAAGAGGCAGGUGUCUGCAGUCGGUCAGGGAGAGUGUUUGUCGCUCUGCAGUCUGCUGGAGAGUCGAGGAAUCUUCUCCCUGAAGAAAGCCAAAGAGGCUCGUCUCACUAAGGUGUUUCUGAAGAUCGAGGAGAAAGACGUUGAAAACGCUCUGAAGGAUCGAACGCUGCUGGGCAGCAUCCUGGCUGCAGGACUCCCCUCAUGAUCCCGUUUAGGAUUUUUAAUUCAACGAUGAGCUGUGGUUUUUUAGUUUUUCAAAAGUUGUAUUUUUAUCUCAUUUUUGUUGGGAAGUUGUACACUUUUAAUGAAAGCGUUUUAAUAUUUUUUUGUUUAUUAUUCUUAUUAUAUUUUUGUCCAGUGUUGAGCUGAAAAGUAUCAGUCAUGAAAUAACAGCAUUUGUUUCAGUUUCUGUGCUGAGAAUAAACAAAUGUGGACAUUUAA